AAUCCAAGAUCACAGCCUCACGCAAGCUCAUGUUGAAGAGUUUGAUGCUGGCAAAAGCCAAGGAGGAGUGGGACCAGGAGAUUGUGGACAAGCAGUCAGAGAAGGAGAGAUACCUGUCUGAGAGGAUCACACCGCUGCACACCAGUGGGCUCUCUCUCAGCCAGCUCCAGGAUCUGUGCAGGGAGCUGCAUGAGAAGGUCGAGAUUGUGGAUGAAGAGCGAUAUGACAUCGAAGCCAAAUGCAACCAUAACACCAGGGAGAUUAAAGAUCUGAAAAUCAAAGUUCUUGAUCUGAGAGGGAAGUUCAAGCGACCUCCCCUGCGGCGCGUCCGCGUCUCUGCCGACGCCAUGCUCAGGGCUCUGCUGGGCUCCAAGCACAAGGUGUCCAUGGACCUCAGAGCCAACCUCAAGUCUGUCAAGAAGGAGGACACAGAGAAGGAACGGCCCGUGGAGGUGGGCGACUGGCGCAAGAAUGUGGAGGCUAUGUCGGGCAUGGAGGGCAGGAAGAAGAUGUUCGAUGCUGCCAAGUCCCCCACGGGGCAGUGAGAGGAGCAUCAGGAAGAAGAGCCUCCCACCCCUGCUGCCUCCUCCCUUCCCUCACUGCCCCUCUGUGCCCUGUACACCCUUACCCUGAACUCAUCACUGAGCUGAAGCACAUGAACAACUGCGUGGGAAGGAGACCUGAGCUUCUUUCUUUCAGCACUGCCCUCAGCCCUGCUCCUGCUCAGCC